AGAUCUUGAGAGAGAUAUCAAGGGUGCCCUGAUGUUCAACCUAGCUGUCUCAAACUUGUAGCAAAUGGCUGAAUCAGUGAUUCUUUUAGCUGUGGCAAAGAUUGGUGCUGCUCUGGGGAAUGAAGCAAUCAAUCAGGCUAGUUCACAAUUCAAAAAGUUCAUUGCGCAGCUAACAGAGCUUCAAGGCAGCAUGGGUCGCAUAAGAAGAGAACUCAGGCUAAUUCAUGAAUUUCUUUGCCGAAUGGAUGUGAGGAAUCACAAGAAUCCAACAUAUGAAAUCUGGGUGGAGGAGGUGAGAAUGCUUGCAUAUGGGAUUGAGGAUAUUGCGGACGAGUAUUUGCAUAUUGUCGGUCAGAAACAUCAUGGUGGAUGGAGAAUCUAUCUGAAAAAAGGAUUCAAGCAUCCAAAUGUCUUGCUUUCUUUAAAUAGGAUAGCUUCAUUGGUUAAGGAAGCAGAGAUCAAUCUUGUGCACCUGUUCCAGGCCAAGGAUCGGACAUGUCCUAUGCUGGAAGCUUUCCCAAAAGAUAAAGCAUGGGAGCUCUUUUGUAAUACAGCAUUCCCAGGAGAUACAAAUCAUAAAUGCCCGAAAGAAAUGACAAAAUUAGCACAUCAAGUAGCAAGCAAGUGUAAAGGCAUACCUCUUGCCAUUGUCUCUAUUGGUAGGCUCCUCUUCAGGCGUGACAAGACCAAAGAGGAAUUGAAGCGAAUACACGACCAGCUCAACUGGGAGCUAUUUAAUAAUCCAAGCUUGGAACAUGUCAGGAAUAUCCUUUAUUUGAGCUACAUUUACCUUCCGACACACUUGAAAAGUUGUUUCCUAUACUGCAGCUUGUUUCCAGAGGACUAUCUCAUGAGAAGAAAAAAACUUAUAAGGUUGUGGGUAGCAGAGGGGUUCAUCGAGAGAAGGGGUGAAAGCACAAUGGAGGAAGUGGCAGAAGGUUAUCUAAAGGAGUUGGUUCACAGAAAUAUGCUACAACUUGUUCAAAAGAACUCAUUUGGUAGGAUGAAAUCAUUCCGGAUCCAUGAUAUCAUGCACGAGUUGGCAGUAGAUUUAUGUCAGAAAGAGUGCUUUGGUGGUGUAUACGAGGGGGAUAAGCAUACAGAAUAUAUUGAGGAGAAGGAUGGACGUCGACUGGUAAUACACAAACUGAAGAAGGGAAUAUACCAAUCACCCUCAAACUUACACCGCCUUCGUUCUCUCAUUGCAUUGGACAUUGGUACUCCAUCAUCCAGUCUACUGCCUCUAAUAGUGGGGAUGUCAAGAUAUAUGUCGGUACUGGAGCUAAGUGGCCUACCCAUUGAGAAUGUUCCAGAUGCUAUUGAAGAUCUUUUCAAUCUCCGCCAUUUAGGUCUGCGUGGUUCAAAGGUGAAGGUCCUCCCUAAGUCUGUUGAGAAACUUACAAAUUUAUUGACACUGGACCUUUUUGGAUCUGAUAGACAAGAGCUUCCUAGAGGGAUUGUCAAACUGAAGAAUCUUAGACAUUUGCUUGCUGAGAGAGUGUAUGAUGCAACUUGGGCAGAAUUUAGGUCUGCUAGUGGUGUACGUAUCCCCAGAAAUCUUGGGAACCUGACAAAUCUACAGACAUUGAAUGCGUUAGAUGCACAGGAUGAGUCUCUAGGUUGUUUGGGGGAGCUUAGGCAACUAAGAAGCUUCAGGAUAUGGAAUGUGAAGGGAAUCUACUGUGGACGCCUGUGUGAAUCCCUUGUUCAGAUGCAAUUUUUGUCUGUGCUAAGUGUGAAUGCAAGUGAUAAGAAUGAGGUUCUCCAGUUGAAUGCUCUCCCACCAAAUCUGAAGAAGCUACGUCUGACUGGAAGAUUAGCGGAAGGGACAUUGUGCGAGUCUCUCUUCCAAGCUGUGGGUCAGAACUUGUAUUCGUUGCAUCUAUAUUGGUCCGAGUUGAAAGAAAACCCCCUGCCAUCACUUUCUCAGAUGUCAAAUAUGACAGACCUAGAUUUGACAAGUGCAUAUACUGGAGAGGAGCUGAUAUUUCUCAGUGGCUGGUUUCCUAAUCUGAAGACCCUCUUUCUAAGAGACCUUCCUAAUCUGAAGCUGCUAGAGUUUAAAAAAGAUGCCAUGGCGAGCCUGGAAAGAUUGAUACUGAUCAACCUAAAUAGCAUGACGGAGGUCCCACCUGGCAUUGAGUUCCUUGGGCACCUUAAAAAGCUAAGCUUUGCCGGAAUCACCCCCGACUUCCUGAUGUUGCUGCGCCAAUGUUCUAGAAUUGGCAGGGUGCGAUGGCAGCAUUCUCUACGCCAUUGACCGCUACUGGUCUGGACAUGCAUAGGUCACCAGAAAGAAAAUGCUUUAGACUGCAAGAUGAGGGAGACAUAUCCAUGCAUGGUACAACUGGUGGCUCGUCAGGUUUCUUGUGUUUUUACUGGGCUCCACCCCUGUCGUUAAAAGACUCCUCCAGUGCAGUAUGGGUGGUAGUUCCAUGAUGCUUUACUUGGGGUGCUACUUCACUACUCUAUUUGUGUGCUUGUGAACUGUGUUGUUGUCGAUUCUGUUUGUUAAAUCAUGUGUCAUUUCCUUGAGGGAAAAUAAUACUACAUUCUGUGCUCUGAUAAGAUGUUGCUUACAGUUUCGCACAGUAGUUUCAUUUGUCAUCAGGUUGCUCCUUCUGUGGUUGUAUCUCAUUUUUGCAACUCAUAGGCUGUGCUCUAAAUGAUAUAUCAGUACAUGUUUGGUUGUUU